AUGUCAGCCGGACUCGAAAAAUGCAGCAAAAUCCGCCACAUUGUGAGGCUCCGCCAAAUGCUGCGAAGGUGGACCUGGAGGACUUCCAAUGAGCAAACAAGAACCCCUUGGCAGAACACCGUCGGCAUCAGGAGCAAACUUGAUUUCUGGGCCGAAUCGCGACCGUUGCUUCAUGGACUUACCGAGAAAAGCAUCUGGUGAAAAAAAACACCACUGCCUGCUA